GAACGUAUCGUUUUAAGGGGUCCAUAAUUACUUGCAGCGCUCCGUAAUUGAGUUUGUUGCAAGAUGACCACUGAGAAUGGCGAAAUUCGCCGUCCAACGAUUGCUGAUCGGGAGGAUGAAUACCGUUCGCGUCGUCGAUUGCUUAUGAUUUCUCCAGCAAGAGUUGACCCUUUUGCAGAUGGUAUGUUAGAAGGCUUUCUCUCCACUGUUCCUUAGUAAUUAUUUAUUAAGUUUGUACUGCAUCUAAGAACAAAUUUUUCCUUUUUUGUGUAGCGAUAUGGUGUCCAUCGGGGCUUGUUUUUUGUAUAAGGUUAGGGCGUAUGGUAAGUGCAUAUGUUAAGGUGAUUACGUACAGUUCUUAAACGUUCUGCGCACUCCACACUCUUUCAGAGCUCUUUCGCUCCAUCCAACUGUGAAGCAGCUCCUUGGUUCGAACGCGAUGGUCCGGGAUAUGCUACUCACGUGCGUUAUUUUCGUGCUUAAUGUCUAAUUGUUUGUGAUAAUAAUCCUCAGAUGUUAAACUUAUCUUUAUUUUUGUCUGUGUUCAUUUCUGUCCACCACUGACAAAUGAUUUGAUGAAUCGACGUUUGUAGGCGACCAAACACCGGAUCACCGCUUAUCAACUUACAAAGACAUCAUGCUCAACCAACAACUCAACAAGGAGCAACGGGCGUUACAGAAUGAGAUAGUUGAAAGAAGCAAAGCCGGGACAUUAAGGAUGGAUACAGAAGUGCCUACUAAGAGGCGUAGGUGGGAUCAGCCUACUACAGACGUUAAUGGAGCUAAAAAUGAUGCAUCAACUCCUAGCGCCACUCCUUUGACACCCUCAAAACGAUGGGAUGACGCGGUUACACCUUCACGCCCAGCUGCCACACCUGGUGGGGCCUCGACACCUGGAAGUCGAUCACAGUGGGAUGACACUCCCGGCAGAGCAAAAGACCCCGGCGCCACUCCUGGACAGAGUGUUCGACAAUGGUCCGAAACUCCUCACUUUGCAGCAACCCCUGGUCGUGAAACAGCAGGUUCUGCUUUCGGCAGCACCCCUAGUGCCAGACGCAACAGAUGGGAUGAAACUCCUCACACUGAAAGGUAUGGUGCUGAUACUCCUGGUCAUGGUGCUGGUUGGGCAGAAACUCCUAGAGCUGACAGGACACCCGGAGGUGUGGAAUCCAUACAAGACACACCCUCUUCAAUGGCUUAUGGACCAGGUUCCACUCCCUCAAGUAUGGCUGCAGCAGCUGCAAUUGCUGUUAAACGUAGGUCAAGAUGGGAUGAAACACCACUGAAGGCAGGUUCAACUCCAGGCGGAUUAACACCGUCUCUGACUCCGGGUAGCUUUACACCUUCAAGUGCUAUGGGAGGAGUGACACCAAGUGCAACUCCUGGCGGCUUCAAUGCGGCAGGAGUUUUCACUCCUUCUGGAACCACUCCAACAGGUUUACGAGCCAUGUCAAUGGCUACACCUAAUUUUGGAUCAGCUGCUAUAACAAUACCUGGUGCAGGAAUUCCAAUGACUCCCGAACAGUUGCAAGUAUAUGCUUGGCAAAAAGAAAUUGAUGAUCGGAACAGACCGUUGACUGAUGAGGAUUUGGAUGAAUUAUUGCCUCCAGGUUAUAAAAUUAUGCCUCCGCCUGCUGGUUAUGUUCCAAUAAGAACACCUGCUCACCGACUAGUAGCCACACCCACUCCAAUGAUCGGUGGAACCCCGAUGGGCUUCAGGAUCGGUACACCUGAUAUUGGCACAACAGCUGGUUUUGGUAUGAGUGCAACUGGAGGUAAUGCUGCAGCUCUUGGAGACAUGCAACCAAAGGGGGUGAAUUUGCCUCUGAUGAGACCAGAUGACUUGCAAUAUUUUGACAAGCUACUACAGGAUGUUGAUGAAGAUUCCCUUCCACCUGAAGAAGCACGUGAACGGAAAAUCAUGACAUUUUUGCUUAAGAUUAAAAACGGCACCCCACCAAUGCGUAAAUCGGCCUUGAGACAAAUUACUGACAAGGCAAGAGAGUUUGGUGCCGGACCUUUAUUCAAGCAGAUAUUACCCCUCCUCAUGUCACCUACUUUGGAGGAUCAAGAACGUCAUUUGUUGGUGAAGGUUAUCGAUCGCAUCCUCUAUAAGCUAGAUGAUCUUGUCCGUCCCUAUGUGCACAAAAUUCUGGUUGUCAUUGAACCACUCCUUAUUGAUGAAGAUUAUUAUGCUCGUGUUGAAGGUCGAGAAAUAAUUUCUAAUUUAGCUAAAGCUGCAGGAUUGGCUACCAUGAUUUCCACUAUGCGUCCUGAUAUUGAUAACAUGGAUGAAUAUGUGCGUAAUACAACUGCGAGAGCAUUUGCUGUGGUUGCAUCAGCCUUGGGUAUCCCAAGUUUAUUGCCGUUUCUGAAGGCUGUAUGUAAAUCAAAGAAAUCUUGGCAGGCUAGACACACUGGCAUCAAAAUUGUACAGCAAAUUUCAAUUCUUAUGGGAUGUGCAAUAUUACCACACCUGCGAUCUCUGGUAGAAAUUAUCGAACAUGGAUUAGUCGAUGAACAACAAAAAGUUAGAACUAUUACAGCCUUGGCUUUGGCUGCUCUCGCGGAAGCGGCUACACCUUAUGGCAUAGAAUCCUUUGAUUCCGUUUUAGAACCCUUAUGGCGGGGUAUAAGAACUCAUCGAGGUAAAGGUUUAGCAGCAUUCCUUAAAGCUAUUGGCUAUCUCAUCCCUCUUAUGGAUGCGGAGUAUGCAAAUUAUUAUACUCGUGAGGUUAUGUUAAUCUUAAUUCGAGAAUUUCAGUCACCCGAUGAAGAAAUGAAAAAAAUCGUCCUCAAAGUUGUUAAACAGUGUUGCGCUACAGACGGUGUAGAACCUGAUUAUAUCAAGUCAGAGAUUCUACCACCAUUUUUCCGCAGUUUUUGGACUCAACGUAUGGCCCUUGAUAGGCGUAACUAUCGACAGCUGGUUGAUACCACUGUGGAAAUCGCAAACAAGGUCGGUGCGGCUGAUAUAAUUUCUAGAAUUGUAGAUGAUCUAAAAGAUGAAUCGGAACCCUAUCGUAAAAUGGUAAUGGAAACUAUUGAAAAGGUGAUGUCAGCAUUAGGAAGUACAGAAGUUGAUGCUCGACUCGAAGAACAGUUAAUCGAUGGUAUAUUGUAUGCUUUUCAGGAACAAAGUACUGAGGAUGCUGUCAUGUUGACUGGCUUUGGGACAAUUGUGCAAUCACUUGGAAAGCGUGUUAAACCCUAUCUACCUCAGAUUUGCGGUACAAUUUUAUGGCGUCUUAAUAAUAAAUCGGCUAAAGUUCGACAACAAGCAGCUGAUCUUAUAAGUCGCAUUGCUGGUGUAAUGAAGGUCUGUCAAGAAGAAAAGCUUAUGGGACAUCUGGGUGUAGUAUUGUAUGAAUAUCUUGGUGAGGAAUAUCCAGAAGUGCUUGGUAGUAUUUUGGGUGCACUUAAAGCAAUUGUUAAUGUUAUUGGUAUGACUAAAAUGACUCCUCCGAUAAAAGAAUUACUUCCCAGAUUAACACCAAUAUUGAAAAACAGACAUGAAAAAGUCGAAGAGAAUUGUAUUGACCUUGUUGGACGGAUAGCAGAUCGUGGUUCAGAGUAUGUUUCUUCUAGAGAGUGGAUGCGAAUCUGUUUUGAACUCUUGGAAUUAUUAAAAGCACAUAAAAAAUCCAUUCGACGAGCUACUGUGAAUACAUUUGGUUAUAUCGCUAAAGCUAUAGGUCCACAUGAUGUUUUGGCAACAUUGUUGAACAACUUGAAGGUACAAGAACGUCAAAACCGUGUCUGUACAACCGUUGCCAUUGCUAUUGUUGCAGAGACGUGUAGCCCAUUCACUGUUCUACCCGGUCUUAUGAAUGAAUACAGGGUGCCAGAGUUGAAUGUCCAAAACGGUGUUUUAAAAUCCUUAGCUUUUAUGUUUGAGUAUAUUGGUGAAAUGAGCAAAGACUAUAUAUAUGCUGUAACACCUCUGCUAGAAGAUGCACUGAUGGAUCGUGAUCUUGUGCAUAGACAAACUGCAAUGACUGCUGUCGCUCAUAUGGCCCUCGGUGUAUAUGGUUUUGGCUGUGAAGAUGCUCUUUUACACCUACUAAACAUUGUAUGGCCCAAUGUUUUAGAGACUUCACCACAUGUCAUUCAAGCCUUUAUGUUUUGUAUUGAGGCGCUUCGUGUUGCUCUUGGUCCUAACAAAAUUCUUCAGUACUGUCUUCAAGGUUUAUUCCAUCCAGCUAGAAAGGUAAGGGAUAUGAUGUGGAAAGUGUAUAAUACAAUUUACAUUGGUAAUCAAGAUGGUUUAGUCUACGGAUUCCCUCGCAUCGCUGAUGAAGAAAAUCACACAUAUAUCCGGCAUGAAUUAUCUUAUAUUUUGUGAAAAUGUUUUUAUCAGUACCCUCUUCCUUCAGUGCAUUCUUACUUAUUUUUACUCUUAUUCUCUUGUGUUUUGUUACUAUUCUACCUACAAUGAGUUUCCGUGAUCCAUUCUCUGGAUUUACUUUCUUCCCUGUUAAACACACAUACACACAGCAUUGUGGUCUUGUAAUUAAAUUAUUUUUCCCCUGAUUAAUAUAGAUCAGUUGAAUUGACUGACGUCUUUUCUUAUCGUCAUAUGAUGGAGUUUUUUUUGUUUUGUUUACCGCAUGUUUGCGACAAUGGUUUUUACUAGGAAUCAGUGGUGUGUAGAUUAAAGUGUUUAUAACGUAUUGUUGUAUUCCAUAGUUAAGGUGUAACAAUCAACACAAGUACUACCACUUCUACUUCAGUUACAUAAAUCGAUUAUAUGAG